CGGAAGAAAGAAAACAGGUUCUCAACCCUAAGCGAGCGACCUUAGACCUAAAUUUUGCUCUCUUUUCCAUCCACCGUCGCUCUCUCUCUCCCUCCCUACGGAAAUCCUCAUCUCGCUUCCUCCAUCACCGCCGCAUUGGACUGUUGUGGAUUCUGCCGUCCUCCUCCUUCCACAGCUUGACCGUCUACACUCCAAACGCCGCCCUACCUAAUAGCAACCAGCUUGCACUAUUCCAGGCACGGCUUGCCCCUAGAGAAAAAAGUUAUGGCAAAUCUGAAAGGACCACCACCUGGACCAGGGGGCCAACCCCCAAACCCUAUGAAUCUCAAUCCGCCGCCCCCGAAUUUCAUGGCUUUUGAAGUUAUCGAUAAUACUUUACCGGCACAGCUUGGCUUUCGAACGCCAUGGAUGUAUCGGUGUCCUUUGAGCCUCACACCAUGGCAGUUACCGCAGCAAUCUCAACCUCAACCUAACCCUCUUAUAUCACAGGACUUUGAUGAUUGGAUUUACAAAUCCAAUCAUCCCCUAUGGGAGGUACCAUCAAUGAUGGAUUGGAGUACCGGAAUGGUGACAAAUCAAGAUAUUCCGAUGUGUAUGACUCCCUAUUACAGGGAUGGCCUUCGCACUAUACUUAGCCACGUGUACAAAGAAUCAGUGAUUGAAGGGCUGCACCGCGUAAACCUGGGGCUUCUUAUUAGGAGGAAUGGAGAUGGCCUCGAGAUCGAUACCACUGAUCCGCCAUCCAAAAUUGUCAAAACCGAUCAGGUUUUAGACACCAUUCAUACACUGAAGCUGUUAGUGGAGCGCAUCGUCGAAUCUGUACCACUUACUCCUCCCGCCGUGUGGCCAGAUGAGGUCACGUGCUUCUAUGACCUCUGCGACUUUGCUGAAGAACCUUACAUGGAUCAAGCUUUUCUAAGGGAUUUCUUGCUUUUUGUUUGCAAGAACCCACUCAUUUUCGAUACUGGAGAUGCCUUGCGUUGGUUUUGGAAGACUGCAUCGUUAGACCAGAUGUAUAGGCUCCAAGAUAUUAUGAACUAUGAUGAUAUCUUCGAGCAUUUCAUGAAUCGGAUGCGGGGCUUUAUCUCGGGGAUUAAUGCUAGUGCAGGGCCGUUUUAUGAUUUGAAGAUGUACCUAUCUCAGAGGAUGUCUCAUUCUUUACCUCCCCAGUACACCCAAGCAACGGAAGUAAUACGCUAUAUGGGAAAUGCCAUCCGCCAUAUAAGGGAUAGAAGACCAUAUUACACUUAUCCGGGAUGGUUUCCUUUGUCGGCGGGCUGGGAGACAUAUGGGAAAUUUAUGGACCAAGGGAACACAUUCUGCCAGUACUUUCGUGGAAGAUAAAUGGUGUCUUUUUCAUGGAUGGGAUAAUGCACUGUUUGUUUUGGUUUUGUUUGAUUUGUGUUUUCAGAUCUGAAAUGGGCAUUCUUAGUAUUUUGGAUUCAUGCUUAAUUUUAUCCUAACAGUCUCAAAUCCUGAUUCGUGCAUAUACAUGGAGGGAAUUAUGAAUGUGUAUGCAUGAUUAUUGGUGUCAGAUAUUUCCAGUGUAGAAAUAACUUGCUAAUCGUAUUUCAUGGACACUAUUAUCCGCUAUGGAAAUUUCUAUUG